GAUUUUGCUACACUUGUUCCGUGAGAAAUCCACAAAUGCGUGUCAGGAUUCGUAUCCGUAACGCUUGGGUUUGCGUGCCCUGACCGCUGGCUCACAGGCUGCCUCACUCCGGCUGCCGUUGGUUCGCUUGCUCUGCUUCUACUGAGUGCGCGCGAGUUUCACCAGGGCAGGAAAGAUGGCGGUGGCUGCUAAUAGCGAGACGGAUCAGAUGUUUGGGGCCACAGAUAAUCCGUGGAUUUUACUGCGACACAACAUUCUUGAGAGGCUACAUUCUCGACUGCUCCACAUUUUAAAUCACAGACCAUUAGAUUUGGACCGUAUGGAAUUUGUGUGCACUCAAGACCUUGUUUUCUGCAGUGCCGUUUCAAGCAAUAUUGGCAUUCCAGUGUGUAUAAUGGACACACUGUCUGAACUGUGUAGGUUGAUCAGGGAUGAAAAGGAGCAUGCCCAAAAUCUCCAAUCAAAUCUUCUGGUACAAAUGGGCACAGGUCAUGCUGGACGUCCCAAGAUUAACUUUAGUCAAGAGUACCUUCAGUAUCUUCUUGGAAUUCCCUUAUCCGUCACAACUAUUGCAAGAUUGUUGGGAGUGUCAAGACAUACAAUCCACAGAAGACUGUCAGAAAACAACAUGUCAGUGGCUUCACUGUAUAGUCAAAUGACAGAUGAUGAGUUGGAUUCCAUGGUCACAGACAUAAAGAUGACAAUGCCACACUGUGGUUACAGAAUGAUGAAAGGGGCCCUUAAAGCCAGGGGUCACGUGGUUCAGUGGGAACGGGUAAGGGCUGCAAUGCACCGGGUGGACACCAUAGGUGUACUGACAAGACUGACUUCAAUGGGAUGUGUUGUAAGACGCUCAUAUUCUGUGCCCUGUCCAAGGUCUCUCAUCCAUAUUGACACCAACCACAAACUGAUCAGAUAUAACAUUGUUAUUUUUGGCGGCAUAGAUGGGUAUUCCAGGAAGGUAGGUUUGUGUUAAAAUUGAAUGCAAUUAUUAUGGC